UUGGGCAUUCACGUUACGUUAAGGAUUCCCUUUCUCCAUUUUCUUUCUUUCUUUUUUUCCCUCUCUCUUCUCCUCCUCUGCUUCUGUUAUGGAUUGUGACGGCGUCGUUUCAGGGGUGAGAAUGGGAGAGGCUUCCGAAGAGGUUCACGUGUUGGCCGUUGAUGACAGCCUCGUCGAUCGCAAGGUCAUUGAGCGCUUGCUCAAAAUCCUAGCUUGUAAAGUGACUGCUGUGGAUAGUGGACUGAGAGCACUGGAGUAUCUUGGACUUGAUCAACACAAAAUUCCCUCUCAAUCUAACGGUUUUGUUGAGGGUUUGAAGGUGGAUCUAAUUAUCACGGACUACUGCAUGCCCGGGAUGACCGGUUACGACCUCCUCAAGAAAAUCAAGGAAUCUUCCACGUUCAGAGAAAUUCCAGUUGUGAUUAUGUCCUCUGAAAAUAUCUUGCCGCGCAUAGACAGGUGUUUGGAGGAAGGUGCAGAGGAUUUCAUAGUAAAGCCGGUGAAGUUAUCUGACGUGAAGCGUUUGAAGGAUUACGGCGUUGGUGGUAGGAUCAACAAGAGGAAGCUACCAGAUACUACUGAACCUGAUCUCUCUUCAUCACCACCGUCGGAUUCCUCAUCGCUACUUUCAUCAUCACCCUCUAUUUCUCCAUCUCCACCGUCCAUCAUUGAUUCCCCAAUCAGACGGCUCAAAAUGACCACCGCCACCCAUGAUUGACUUACGUGUCAUCUGCGUUUUAAUAUCUCUCUAUCUUGUGGCAUCACCUUAUCAGCCCCCCCUUUUUUUUUCAGAUUUGAUUUUUUUUUUAAUUACUGUUUUGGGGGUUGAAAGUUUAAACUCGAAACAGCAAUUAGUAUCCCGUUAUUUGUUUAACGGUUUUUGUUGCACUUACUUUACCUGUUUCUAAUUUACUCUUGCUAAUUUAAUUUUGUUUGUUUAUAUGAA